AUGGACUGGAUCGCCGGCUAUCAUCGGCUGGGCAGGCCUGGAUGUCGACGAGACGGGUCGGAAAGUCGGUGGCUGGGCAGCGAUCUCUGGUGGCUGGGCAGCUUUCUAUCACUGUGGUACACGUUUGGCGGCGGCACCAGACUGGAUGUUGGCAGUGUAACUCGUCCUACAGUUACGGUCCUGCCUGCGUCCAGUGAAGAGAUUUCCAGUAAGCAGACAGCAACACUGAUGUGUGUGGUCAGCAAGGGCUUCCCUUCAGACUGGAGCUUGAGCUGGAAGGUGGAUGGGAACAGCAGGUCUCAGGAGAACAGCGCUGGACUCCUGCAGAAGGACGGUCUGUACAGCUGGAGCAGCAGUCUGACUCUCUCUGAACACGACUGGAUCAAGAGCGUCUCAGUGAGCUGUGAGGCCACACGAGGAGACCAGACAGUCACUGGACAAGUGAAGAGAGAUCACAAGGGCUUCCCUUCAGACUGGAGCUUGAGCUGGAAGGUGGAUGGGAACAGCAGGUCUCAGGAGAACAGCGCUGGACUCCUGCAGAAGGACAGUCUGUACAGCUGGAGCAGCAGUCUGACUCUCUCUGAACACGACUGGAUCAAGAGCGUCUCAGUGAGCUGUGAGGCCACACGAGGAGACCAGACAGUCACUGGACAAGUGAAGACAGAUCAGUGUUCUCAAUAG